AUGACGGUGCAGGGGCACCAGGAGCAUAUACCAUUGGCGGUAGCUCAGUUAGGAAGCAAUGCGCUUUUCCUCGGUCAUGACUGGCUUCGGUACCACAACCCUGAGGUUGAUUGGCGCUUGGGCACCAUCAACUUCACCCGUUGUCCAUCUGAGUGUGGGACGCCGCACAAGUCAGAGGAUGACCCCUUUGCGGAUGAAGGGCUAGAGCCUGGAGACCGCAUCUUUGCGUUCAAUUUUGAGUCAUACUCCGAGGACAAGAUGGAGUACGCUCGCGCUAUGCACGCCCGUGCAUUUCAGACACACGCGUCUAAGAUUGCAGAGCAGCAGGCUGCUCAGCGCAAGGAACAGACGUUUGCGGAACGAGUACCCGCCGCCUACCAUGACUAUAAGGACGUCUUUGACAAGGAUGAAUUUGACAAGUUACCGGAAAGCCGCCCUUGGGACCAUGCUAUAGAGCUGAACAAGGAAUUCAAACCUGUAGACAGCAAGGUCUAUCCGCUCUCGCGUGAAGAACAAGCGCAGUUGGACAUAUUUCUGGAAGAAAACUUGAAGUCAGGACGUAUACGACCAUCCAAGUCACCUAUGGCAUCACCUUUUUUCUUCAUCAAGAAGAAGGACGGUACUCUGCGACCAGUACAGGACUACCGCAAGCUGAAUGAGAUGACCAUCAAGAACCGUUACCCCUUGCCGCUCAUUCAGGAGCUGUUGGACAAGCUGAAGGGAGCUAGCUACUUCACCAAGCUAGAUGUCCGCUGGGGCUAUAACAAUGUUCGCAUCAAGGAAGGCGAUGAGUGGAAGGCCGCGUUCAAGACGAACCGCGGACACUUUGAGCCUAUGGUCAUGUUCUUUGGGUUAACCAACUCGCCGGCUACGUUUCAGGCAAUGAUGAACUCACUCUUUGGAGACCUGAUCGCAAGCGGCCGAGUUGUUAUAUAUCUGGACGACAUCCUUAUCUUCACGGAGACUCUAGAGGAGCAUCGCCAAGUUGUACGCCAAGUACUUGAAGUUCUGCGCAAGAAUCACCUGUAUCUGAAACCGGAGAAGUGUGAAUUUGAGCAGCGCUCCAUCGAGUACUUGGGUAUGAUUGUUGAGGAAGGAAAAGUCCGUAUGGAUCCCGCUAAGGUAGCUGCCAUCCGGGAAUGGCCAACACCUACCAAGAAGCGUGAUCUCCAGUCAUUCAUUGGAUUCUGCAACUUUUACCGUCGCUUUAUCGAGGACUUUUCUAAGAUCGCUCGACCACUUCAUGACUUGACGAAGAAUGAUGUUCCUUGGCGCUGGGGAGAGGAUCAGCAGAAGGCAUUUGACGCACUGAAGGAGAAGAUCACCUCAGAACCAGUGCUGGCUCUACCACGGGACGAAGGACAGUUCCGCGUAGAGGCCGAUGCUUCUGACUAUGCCGUUGGAGCCGUGCUCUCGCAGGAGCAAGAUGGCAAAUGGCGUCCUAUCGCGUUCCUCAGCAAGUCGCUCAACGAGACUGAACGGAACUAUGAAAUUUAUGACAAGGAGAUGAUGGCUAUCAUGAUUGCCUUAGAGGAAUGGCGUCAAUACCUGUUAGGGACAGCAGAGCCGUUUGAGAUCUGGACAGAUCACCAGAACUUGACGUACUUCCGAGAAGCCCGCAAGCUUAACCGCCGUCAAGCCCGCUGGUUCACAGAGCUGCAGGAUUACCACUUUACGCUCUUCCACAAGCCGGGCAAGACAAUGGGCAAACCGGACGCUCUAUCGCGAGACUCAGUAGAGCAUAUGGGCAAGAAUGAUAACGAGAAUGUGAUUCUCUUGAAGCCCGAGGUCUUUGCGGAGUCGCUGCGCCUUACCAUGGUGGAUAUUGAAGGACCCGAUGCCACUCUAUACAAGCGCAUCAUGGAUAACAAAGCGGAGAUAGAUGCUGAAGUACAGAAGGGACUGGAAUCUGGAGAUGAAAGGUGGAUCAGGAAUGAAGACGGAGUUAUCAUCGAUGGGAACCGACUCUACGUACCUCGGGAUGAAGAUCUACGCGCCGACAUCUUAUAUGCGCAUCAUGAUACUCAAGCUGCUGGACAUCCGGGACAGGAGAAGACCUAUGAGCUGGUCGCUCGUGAAUAUACCUGGCCUGGCAUCCGCCGUGAUGUACGCAAGUACGUGGCAGGCUGUCAAACCUGUCAACGCGUCAAGAUAGACCGUUCUGGACGUCACGCACCUCUUCACCCACAGGAGGUUCCAUCGAGUGCAUUUGAACACGUUGCCAUUGACUUUGUCGGACCACUACCAAAGUCAGAAGGCAUGAACAUGAUAUGCGUCUUCACCUGCAUCUUAACCAAAUAUGUCAUCUACGCCCCUUGCACGGAUGAAGUCGACUCACCGGGUUUGGCUCGACUAUUCCACGACCAUGUCUACCGAGACCAUGGACUUCCGCGCAAGGUUAUCUCCGAUCGAGGACCGCAAUUUGUCUCAAAGUUCACCAAAGCACUGUAUCAGCUUGAAGGAGUUAAAGGCAAUCCGUCUACGGCCUACCACCCGCAGACUGAUGGUCAAGCUGAGCGUCAGAACCAAGAGCUAGAGACAUUCUUGCGGAUAUGGGUGUCAUACCACAUGGACAACUGGACACGCUGGCUUGCAAGUGCUCAGUUCCGGUACAACAAUCUAGUUCACAGCGCAACGGGAACUUCACCAUUCCGUGCUGUACGAGGACGAGACCCGUAUAGUGGGUAUAACCCUCAGCGCAUAGUGAACGUACCGGGUGCAAUGGACUUUGCAGAGCAACGUCACCAGAUUCUGGAGGAAGUACAGUCAGCAUUGCGUGAGGCGAAGAAGCGCAUGAAGGAAUACUAUGACAGACAUGUCAGAGGCUUACGCUCAUACAAAGCUGGAGACAUGGUCUGGAUCAGCGCUAAAAACAUCACCUCCGCACGACCGACGGACAAGCUGGAGCAUCAGCGCUAUGGGCCAUUCAAGAUCAUCAAGCCCAUAGGUGCAUCUGCGUACAAGGUUGCUAUACCCCAGAAAUGGAAAAGCAAGCGCGUACAUGAUGUCUUCAACGAGUCACUGCUGAAGCCAUACGUCGCACCAUACUUCAAGAAUCAAGUUAUCGAUGACCAGCCGGAACCGGAGAUCAUCCAGCGUGAUGACGGAGCAGAGAUGGAAUAUGAGAUUGAGGAGAUACUGGAUUCAAGGAUUAAGGGACGGAAACCGCACACCAAGCGAGUGGAAUAUCUGGUCAAAUGGAAGGGAUAUGGACUUGAGCAUGCUUCAUGGGAGCCAGUUGAAGGAUUAGACGGCGCACCUAAAGCCCUAGCCAAGUUUCACAAACGCUACCCCGCCAAACCCAACACAAAGUCACUGAGGACAGUGAUCCUGGAGGGGGGGUAA